GCCCCACACACAACCAUGACAAUGGGAAAGAUCAUCUUCUAUGAGGACAGGAACUUCCAGGGUCGGCACCAUGAGUGCAUGAGCGACUGUGCCGACCUGCACUCCUACUUCAACCGCUGCAACUCCAUCAAGGUGGAGAGUGGCAUGUUCAUGGUCUACGAGAGGCCCAACUACACUGGCCACCAGUACUUCCUGAGGAGGGGAGAAUACAAUGACAACCAGCGCAUGAUUGGCAUCAAUGACUGUAUCAGGUCCUGCCGCAUGAUCCCCAUGCACCGCGGCUCCUACAGGAUGAGGUUGUACGAUCGCCCCGACAUGAGUGGCCAGAUGCAGGAGCUGAACGACGACUGUCCCAAUGUCCAGGACCGCUUCCGCAUGUCCGACAUCAACUCCUGCAACGUGAUGGACGGCCAUUGGCUCAUGUACGACCAGCCCAACUAUAAGGGCAGACAGUACUACCUGAAGCCUGGUGAGUACCGCAGACCCAGCGACUGGGGUGGCCUGAGCCCCAGGAUCGGAUCCCUCAGAAGAAUCACUGAGUCCAACAACUAAAAGUUCUCAAUAAAUCUGCAUGUUCAACCAAACAUUAUGUGUCUCUUUCU